CGUUCAUGUAAUGUUCUAACUACGGAUAUUUUGUGCAUUAUGGGGUGUUCGGAAGUCCAGUUUAAAUAUUGGAAAGACAGACGGACAUGAUCUCAUUCCCUCAGUAGGAUGUAGGAGAAAAGGAGGAGAGACAGAAGAAGGAAAGUAUCAAGAGAAAGACCAGAUUAUUAAAUCUGUAGGAAAGAAGACAAAGAGGGAGACAGAAAUCAUCGAAGGUUGUGAUUUGGGACACGACCUAGAGUGGCUGGUUCACUCUCGAUUUUUUUUUUUUGGUGCACGUCCUUGUUUUUCUCUGCCUCCCCAUUAAGGCCCUGCACACUCUUUCACUCAGGAUCCCCCAUACGCACCCCCUCUGACAUCAUCAUGUGUCAUGUGAUUGUGACUUGCCGCUCCAUGCUCUGGACUCUCCUUAGUAUUGCCGCAGCCUUCAGUGAGCUCAUUGCUUUCCUUAGCACUGAUUGGCUUGUGGGGUUCCCACGUGUGCCUGACUCUGCCCCUGAGGCAUCUAGUGAGGUCUACCGCCCCACACUGGGGAUUUUUGGGCGGUGUGUGUUUGUGGGCAGAGUCAUGUGUGGCCCUUAUGCGCUGACAUUCAAUGAGAUUGCGAGCGGUUUCUGGAAAGCAGCAGCCAUUUUUCUGGCAACAGGAAUCCUGCUUCUCAGCGCUGUGGCCUUCACCUCGAUUUUCACCAUCUGCUUCCAGAGCAUCAUGAGGAAGAGCAUCUUCAAUGUGUGUGGACUACUGCAGGGUAUCGCAGGUCUAUUCCUGAUCCUGGGUCAGUUGUUGUAUGCAGCAGGGUGGGGCAGUGAGAAGGUGAAGCAGUACUGUGGUGUGAACUCGUCGGCGUAUAACCCGGCGCUGUGCUCAGUGGGCUGGGCUUUUUACACAGCGCUGCUCGGCACUGUGCUCAGCUUCAUCAGCGCCGUGUUCAGCGCGCAAGCCGAAAUCGCCACGUCCAGCGACAAAGUCCAGGAGGAGAUCCAACAGGGCAAAAACCUCAUCUGCCUUCUUUGAGAGAGAACCACAGGAGAAACAGAAGCCCUGAUGUUAGUCACAUUAAUGCCAGCAUGACAGCAGUCUAAUGACAAGAGAACAAAACCACUUUCAUUUCAUCUCACCACUAAAACUUUGCUCUUUUUUGUGUUCUGAUGUGGGAGAAAAUCCUCCUCCAUUUUUCUCUCUGUCCUUUGCCUUUACGCAUUUGUUUGUUUUGUUGUUUUUGGUUUGUUGCUUUUUGCCCCACUCACUGAAAUGAAGAAUGAAAUUGUAAAUAAGUGUGUAUAUACUGUAUAUAAUGAUGAGGAGGAGGCGGAGGAGGAGGAGGAGGAGGAAACAUCUCAGUGAUGAAGGUGCUGAAACCACUAAACCACUGUCACGGGUCAAAGUUCUGUACAUGUUUACCAGGAAGUAGGAAGUUUACUCCCACUGUUCUUGGAUCAGUUCCUGGCUGUAAAACACAAGUAGGCCUGCAAAGGUGAAGCUGACUCCAGAUCAGUGAUCCAAAGGAGCCAAGACCUUUGUUAAGACUCGUCUGUGGUAUUUUAACAGGACUGUUCCUCCUUUACUUUUUCCUUCUUUUGUCUGCUCAACUCUUUUCUUUUUCCUGUUAUUAUUCUUAUUUUUCCUUCCUCUCUCUCCAUUUUCUUCAUAUUUUCCCGUAUCAUUUCCUUUACCUUGUUUACUUCCUCCCAGUGUCCAGAGAAGCAAGAGGAAGAGAGAUCAUGUGCAGCAGGAAAAGCCCUAAAGUCAUUUGUUCUUAUACAUCCAUAGUGUGUGUGUGUGUGUGUGUGUGUGUGUGUGUGUGUGUGUGUGUGUGUGUGUGUGUGUGAGUGAGAAAGAGAAUAAUCACCAGCCACAUAAUCACAGUUCUCUGCCAAAUAAAUAAACCUGACUGAACUUUG